ACAGAUCGUGUUGUCAUGGCAAUGGGCAAAUUUCAUCGCGGGCGCAAACCUACCUCGACUGUCAUGCGCAACAGGUUUCACGUGGACGAGAAUUCCAACAUGGCGGAAGAAAAUAGCGUAAACACAACCAAGGAUAUAAAUGCUACUUUAGCGCUUGAUUCAGAUAAGCAAAAAGAAUUUGAAGACAAAGUGAAGAAAAUCAAACCUAAGGGUGAUGAAAAUGAGCUUUCCCCUGGAGUGAUCUACCUCGGACACAUUCCUCAUGGAUUCUUUGAAAAGGAAAUAAAGAAAUUUUUUGAACAAUUUGGAACCGUGAAUAGAAUUAGGUUGUCCAGAAGUAAAAAGAGUGCAAGAUCCAAGGGAUAUGCAUUUGUUGAAUUUGCUUGUGAUGAAGUUGCUAAAAUUGCUGCAGAUACAAUGCAUAACUACAUGAUGUUUGGGAGACUUCUCAAAUGCAAAGUUGUUCCAAAUGAAAAAAUCCAUCCCAGAUUAUGGAAAGGCUCAAACCGCAAGUUCCGCCAUGUCCCACGUCGCCAGAUUGAUAUUGUCAGACACAAUAAGGUAAAAACGCAGAAUGAACACGAGAAGCAGGUGUCAAAUCUGCUCAAAAAAGAGACACGGAAGCGAAAAAAGCUGGAAAAACUCGGUAUUCCGUACGAAUUCCCCGGAUAUGCCGGUGAAGCAGAAGAGACCCAGCCCAAGCACAAGCGCUUUGACGAAGACUGAGCUCAUGAACUGCUGACAAUGAUCACGUGAACAUUGUCUGGGCUGACGUGAUUUGUAGCCUAUGGCCACGUGAAGUUUGCUCAAUGCCCUCUACCUCCCUAAUCUGUUCCCCUUACUCUAAGGAUGGAUGGGGGGAGGGGUUAUGAAGGAUGUAAGAGGGGGCCACUGGUACACAUGACUAUCUGGUACAAGGACUCUAUAUAAGUUCUUGUCUUGGUUUGCGUUGUAAUCGCGAGAAACUGGAUAGAUCGUCACUGUCAGGUUUUAACUCGCCCCCCCCCCCCCCCCCCCUCGCCUACUCCUAUGGUCACGCGCCUUUCAAGAUCCAAAAUUGAACCCAAGAAGUAGAACAGUGCCUGCGAUGAUGAUAAAGAAUGACUUUCUAAGAAUCAACUAGUAAGGUAUAGGAAUGGACCUAAGGAAUACGUUGAUAGGACCACAUUUUAAUUUGAUUUGCUGUGUGGGGGCACUGAGCGACCCCUUGAUUAUGGCGCUGUACCAAUGUGCCGCUAACUACAAAUCUAGCUUGAUCGCACGCGCUCAACUCAGUUCAUUUUAUACAAAGAUGGAAUAAAGAAAUUUAAACGUGAAGUUAAUCAUUAGUCGUCCAAUUACCCAUUGUAAUUUUUUUUCAUGAAUUGAAAAUUUCAAAUGCCUAACACAGCCUAGGUUCCAUUUCCAACCGUCGCUGGCCUCAUCGGCCUACUUGGGGCUCACAGAAGCGAGCUGGAAAUCGAGCCUAAACACAACUAACAUUCGCUUUUAAAAUUAGUAAGCACAAAUAGCGAUUGGCGAAUAGCGGCUCUAUAAUAGAAAAGAAACCGUGGAUCUCAUAUUUCAGACAAAUGCAGAAAAAUGUAUAAAUUGUCGAUUAUCAAAGGUGAUGAAUGUGAAUGUGCUGACAUUUA